GAGAUGUUUUCAGUCUCUCCCUCUGCCUACAUUUCAACCUCCGAUGAAGUUCCUAUUGAAGUUCACGGCUUCUUCCGAAUCCACCACGAUGGUCGAUUUGAAAGAUUGGCGGGACUUAAUACGAUUGCUGCUGGAACGGAUCAACUAACCAAAGUUCAAUCAAAAGAUGUAGUCAUCUCACAACAAACCAACCUCUCUGCAAGAAUUUAUAUCCCCAAAUCCACCACCCGAAAUAAAAAACUUCCUAUUCUAAUAUACUACCACGGCGGGGCCUUCUUGACGGAGUCCUCGGCUUCAACCACGUACCACCCAACACUUAACCUAAUCACAGCGGAAUCUAACGUAAUUACUGUGUCAGUUGAUUACAGGCUGGCACCAGAAUCCCCUAUCCCAAUACCAUACGAGGACUCAUGGGAGGCAAUCAAGUGGGUAGCUAACCAUGAUAAAGGAAAGGGUCCCGAGCCGUGGUUAAACGACUAUGCAGAUCUUCAUAAUGUGUUUCUUGGUGGAGAUAGUUCUGGGGCUAACAUAGCCCAUAACAUGGCCAUCCUGGUCGGGCUGAACACAAUUACUGCUAUCAAUCUAAGGGGUGUUAUAAUGCUUCACCCGUAUUUUCAAGGAUCGGAGCCAAUUGGACCCGAGUUAGGGAAAGAUCGCGAUUUCAAAGCUGGUGCAGAUCUGACAUGGAAGUUGGCAAGUAAAGGAAGGGUCGGGCUAGAUGAUCCGAUGUUAAACCCGGCUAAAGAUCCCCGGAUUUCAAAAUUUGGGUGCUCUAGGAUACUUAUGUGUGUUGCUGAGAAGGAUAAAUGUUUGUUUAGAGCUUUGAAUUACAAGAAGGUGAUGGAGAAGAGUGGGUGGAAUGGAAGAUUUGAGAUGUUUGAGAGUAAAGGGGAGAGACAUGUGUUCUUUUUGUUUAAUACUUCAUCCGAAAAUGCAUGCGCUUUACGCAAAAGGAUUGGUGCUUUCAUCAAUCCGAUCCUUAGCAAGGCCUGAACGUUUCUCUUGUUGAAUGAAAUGGAAAUAUUAUCAAUGAAAUGAAGAUGAUAGUGGCAUGAGCUAUGUAUGUAUAUGUAUAGACUAUAGAAUAAGCCCCACAAUCAUAUCGCUUAUAAUAUAUGUAUGAGUGU